AACCAAAGGAUUAGCAGUGGUCCCCAUCUAUCUAAGCACCUGAACGAAAUGGCCAGUCACUUGCCAAAGGGUGGAGCCCUCGUCCUGGUGCUUAAUCUUCUCCUGCUGUCGCAAUGGGAGACGGAGUCCAAGCUGCUGACACGUUGCCAGUUGGCCAAGGAGCUGUUGCGUCACGACUUUCCCCGCAGUUAUCUGUCCAAUUGGGUUUGCCUAGUGGAGGCGGAGAGUGGACGCAGUACAUCAAAGUCCAUGCAACUGCCCAACCAGAGCGUCAGCUACGGUCUCUUCCAGAUCAACAGCAAAAACUGGUGUCGCAAAGGUCGCCGUGGAGGCAUAUGCAACAUCAAAUGCGAAGAGUUCCUGAACGACGAGAUCUCGGAUGACUCACGCUGCGCCAUGCAGAUCUUCAACCGCCACGGAUUCCAGGCCUGGCCCGGAUGGAUGAGCAAAUGUCGUGGGCGCACGCUGCCCGACGUUUCGCGCUGCUAGGACUGCUCUUCCACUCGAUCUUAGCCUUAACUAACUCUAUGCAUAGCUACUAAAUCAUCACAUAAAGCCUAAGUCACUAAAUAUUUAAAUAUUUUCAGUGCCUUCACUCUAUCAGCUGCAGUGGGAAUGCUAUCGCAAAGCCUGUGUUUUCCCCCUAUUCUAAUCACCCACCUUUGACUAGAUUAAAAGUGUCAUAUAGAGUAUAUAGUUUCUGGGAAGCCUAGUUAAUUAAACAGCAUUCAUAUGUAAUGGUAACACUUCUUGGAAAAGGGAUUUAUGGGCGUUGCUACCAAAGACAGCCCUAU